UUAAUUUGCUAAAUUGAAUUUGAGUUGAUGUUUUUUCUCUUUAUGCUCGCUUUAACUUAGCGCGCCCUUUGGGUCAUUUCCUGUGUGUAAACCAUGCGUUGAUCUCCUUCUGUGAUCAGAAUCGUAUAAAACAUCGUCCACUCACCGACUUCCACCAAUUGCAAAUCGCUGAGCUAACUGAAGUAAAGGGACUCGGCCGGAAUUGUGUCAAGCCUGCUUGCGCAUUGCUUCGGGGGCUGUUAGGGAUUGGCAGAGCGAGAACUUGUGCAAUCCGAACUAAGAGCUGUGCAGAGAGUCAGAAUGGUUUUGCUGCGUGGGCUGAUGUUGACUGUUUUUCUGCGGCUUGGUAUAACAGCUAGCGCGUCACUCGUUCGUACAAAACAAGGCUACGUCCGUGGACUCAGGCAACAGUUCGACGCAAAGAGCGAAGACAACGUCGACACGGUGUACAAGUUUCUUGGAGUUCCUUAUGCGGAACCACCAGUGAAGAACUUGCGCUUCAACGGCCCGAUUCCUCCGCGGUCAUGGGCGCCUUCUAUCUACGAGGCAACGGAGUUCAAGGAUAUUUGUACGCAAAGCUAUAGACACUAUGGAGGUUCGAUCAACAACGCUUGGCCGACGUUCACGGAGAAAAGAUUUAGCGAGGACUGUUUGUACUUGAAUAUCUACACUCCCUCUAUCAACCCUGACGGAACGCACUAUCCUGUGAUCUUCUAUAUUCACGGCGGAGGCUUCUUUGCUGGAACUCCGAUUCGUGACGUAACUCCCGGGGAAUUUCUGCCGCUCAGAGGCAUAGUUCUUGUAACUGUCCAGUAUCGAUUGGGAAUCUUUGGGUUUCUGACCACAGGGGACGCAGAAGCACCAGGAAACGCAGGCCUUCUAGAUCAGGUCGAAGCGCUUCAAUGGACCAAGAGGAAUAUCUUUAACUUCGGCGGGGAGCCUAACAACAUCACGAUCAUGGGUGAGAGUGCAGGAGGGGCGAGUGUCGGUCUUCACCUGAUGUCUCCUCUUUCCAAGGGGUUGUUCCAGAGAGCAAUCGCAGUGAGUGGCGUGGAAUUCUCGCCGUUCGCUUUGUUGCCUAACGAUGUCGUUGUCAACUACGUAAAAAAGACGGUAGCAGAAGAGCUAGAGUGCAAUUUUGAUUCGUCCUCCGCAAUGCUGGAGUGCUUGCGCGAAAUGCCAAGCUCCAAACUCGAGCCAUAUUUCAAUCUCGUGAAGCCUAUUAUUGACGGAUUUUUUCUUCCCGACGAUCCGCACCGACUGCGCGAACAAGGCGACUUCCACAGAGUGCCACUAUUGUCAGGAUUCGUGUCGCAUGAAGGCUCAUUUCUACUGGAAAACGCGAGGGUUAAAUACACGAUGGAAGGCAUGCGAAACUUCGCACAACAUUUCCUUAGGAUGGAGUUCUACUCCAACUCGAUGCCGGACAAAGUCUCCUUAGACGCACUGCUCUUCCAGUACACUCCAUGGUUGGACAAAAAAGACAGUAACAAAAUACGUAAAAAAAUGAUCGAAAUGCUUAGCGACUCGUUCGUAAUUGCUCCAACCCACGCUUCCCUUACACUCCACAGCAAGCACGGCGCGCCUACGUACAUGUUUGAGUUCACGCACCGAUCGCGGAGGCACAAAAAGCCCGCGUGGAUGGGCGUGGUUCAUGGCGAUACGACCGCUUACAAGUUCGGUGUUCCCCUUUUAAGUGCACAGCAGCACAUCUAUGACGAACAAGACCGGAAUGUGAGCGAUAUGCUCGUCACCAUGUUCGUGAACUUCGCCAAGUAUGGCAACCCUACACCGUCGCCGGUACACGGCACAAACUGGGAAAGGUUCAACACAUCAAACAAGGCGUAUCUCAAGAUUCAACCGAACGUGGUAUUGGCUAGCAAGUUUCAUCCCGCACGGAUGGCAUUCUGGAACGAGUAUUUCCCUGGGCUUGUGAGUCGACAAAAGCUGGAUAUACGAGUUUCAGAAUCGAGAAGCGGGUCCGAAGGGUUAAGCGGUUUGCUAUGGGGCGCUUUACUGGCAUCUCUUGCAGGCAUGUUGUCGACACUUAGGCCAGGAUAGCACUCCGCGUGCGCCAGCGACACCAAUGGAACGAAUUAACAAAUAUCUUCAAACGCUACCAAACAAAUUAGCUUUGCUAUAUUCUUAUAUAGGAUAGCCAUCGUAUAAUCUUGUGGUUGCAUUUUAAAAGCAUCAUCUUGUUAAUAUCUAAAAAGGAACAAUCUGCAAAAGACUAAGAAUGUUCUAAUCCGGGCACGAACCCCAGCUCAAGAAGAAUUUAGUGAUAAAUUAGAAUGGAAGGAACAUCUUUUAUUGGCUAUGAACGCGUUAAAUGAAAAGGGUGAAGUUGAACAUCAGGCAUAAAAACAUUUUUUACGUCCCAGACAAACAUUUAUGCUUCAAAGUUUUCAAAGUUAAGGAAGAGUAAUUUUAUCAAAUCUUUUUGAAGACAAAACUUGAACAGUAGUCGCUCUAGAUGUCAAACGGGCUAUUGAUCCUUAUACUCCUUUAAGCGAGACCCCUCUAUCUGAAUAAGGUUGCAUCUAUAGUUAAAAGAUACUUAGUAGGAAAUAUAUAAUAGUAAAUAGAGAGAAUGUUGAGAGUAUGUCACGUUUGGGAGAUAAUAUCAACAAUACUAAAAGACAUACCUUCUCUUUUAAAAACGUAUAAUAAUCCGAAAACUUGACGCGAAAUGUCUUUAGAUUUCAUUGAUCAAAAAGGUUUGAUCAAUAGGUGUUGCUCCUCGACCUUUAAAUGCCACUAUUUGAUACUGAAUCUUACAGAAAAUUACUGCCUGAAAUUUGCUUUUAUCGUUAUUUAGUAUUAUAGACAAUUUAAUUUCAAAUGUAGAUUCUUUAAUGCCCCAUUAUGAGGUAGAAAUCACUUUUUACACAAAAAGAUGAAAAAUGCUCUAUCCCUCAAGGUUCAAAACAACAAACAUUUUCAAAGGCCUUGAAACAUUGUUAAAAAAAGCUACUGAAAUAUAUACCUACUGUUAGUGGCUGUUUAAUGACGUUCAAAUAAUAAAUAGAAUGCAACAGAAGUGUAAUAUGCGAACUUUUCAAAGUUCAAGUAUUUUAGCUGGACAUGUUUUUAAAAGACGUCGCCGUGCUGCCGUGCUCAAGGGUCGCUCCUUGUGUGUGUAAAGUUAUCAACUAGUUCCCUGUGGAACAUUUAUAUCUAUUUGUGGUCUAAAAACACAAUUUGUGAAUAAAUCAUACAUACGAAAAUAAAAAAGCCACAUCGAA